CCGUGUCACUUCCACUGUCGAAUCGUUUUACAUUCCAUUCACAGCUAGAAUUUCAGUGUUUGGUACUGCAAGUGUGUAUAAAGGCCUCGUGUACUGGCUCAGAUUACCACCACCACUAGAAACACACGAAGUCACAUUGUAUAUCUGCGUAGAUACCAACCUUCUAUUCGCUCUGCUACAAGGCAUGAACAGCAUGUCAAACCCAGAGCAAGACCUACCUGCCUCCUUGAAGUACCUGCAAACUGCCCUUACCGCGGCGGAGGACACACAUGAAGCUCGUAGUAACAUUUUCGCUACCUACGGCAAUGUUCUGUUCAUGGGCUUGCGCAUCGAAGACCACACCCAAUCAAUAUUACGCAUGCUGCAGUCAGGCUACGACGGGCAAUUAUCUGAGUUUGUCGCUAAGCUGGUAGAGGAACAACCGCGUUAUUUUGACCGGCCAAGCAACAUUGAUAGCUUCAUACAACAGCAAUUGCAUGGAGACAAUUUCCCAACCUUGGCCAAUGUGUUGCUGAUUUCUGCACCAGCUACUGGACACAACAUAACGAGAAGUUCUGUCCUCAAUCUCUUGGUCCACCAGAUCGCAUAUAUUUGCGACCUUUUUCAGAAGACAGAUUACGCACCUGGUGCAGAAGUUGUGGAGGCUCUUGCAGAGUACUGUAUUGGCCAGCUGUUGCGGAUGUUUGCUCAUCCAGAAAGUCGUGUACCACUAGAAGAUCGUGUACAUUGCGCUCGAAUAAACUAUCAUACUAUUUAGGAAUUCAUCGUUCUGCGAGCGAAGGAAUUUUUUUAAAGCAAAGAAAAAGAGCUUCUUAACUGGCAGAUGUACAAGUGACUUGGGCCCUGUGUGGAAAGGGUUAUCCUAGAUCUUCCUCGCAAUACGAUACUUUUCGAUAAUCCCGGUCUUGGCGAGGUCGUAGGCGCGGACAUCGUCGAACUGAAAAACUACGUCCCUUAUCUGACCGCGA